UGCUAAAAAAUCGGCACACAUGGAAAACGAGAAACUAGCAUUGGACUUUGUAGGGUAGUGGCCGCCACGAAGGAGACCGCGUUAGGUGUCCGGUGUCCCUCAAGAAAAUAUAAAUACCUCCCCAUUUCCUCGUCGUUUCCCUUCAAAUAAUUUGUUGUUAGCAUCAUGGUUGUCAUGUCGAUGACAUGCCACCCGAUUGAACCUGGUUUAACCUGUGCCGGUAAUGAAAUCGGCAUGACACCACCGGUAUGAUCAACUUACGUAUUCUAAGUUUAAUGACAUAAUUUUAAUAAAUUUAAUGAAUAAAAAAUUAAUUUAUUAUUCAUUUUAUGAAUGUAAUGGUUAAAAGUUGAUGAUAUUUGUUGGAUUGUAACUAAAUUGUCCACAAAUAUAUUUUAUAUGUGAUUAAAUACAUUGGAUAUUAAUUAUUUUCAUAUUUUUUUUUAAACCGGCACAAACUGGUUAUACCACCGGUCGUACCAUUCCACUUGUCAAACUGGCACAACGGUAUAAACCGGUUUGACAACCUUGGUUAGCAUUGAAGUUAUAUAUAUUUAUUAAUUAUUAUAAUCUAACUCCUCCGCCUACCCAACAUGCCAUGUGUCCCAAACGCGGUGGAGGCGGCGGCCGCUUUCAUUUCAGGCCUUCGCCGGAGAGAGAGACCACCCGCCGCGAAGAGGAUAAUAAAAUAGUACCUUACCUAAUCCAACGUGGCCCCACCUCCAAGGUCCACGACGUCGUGUUGCACAUCCAACGGGCCACAACGCUCCAUCCUGACCCUUCAUUUCUUCAAUCAUCGACCGGGGCCACGCGGGAAUUCGUUUCAAUAAUAGCAAUCACAUGGCUGGGCCCCGUGCCCACUGGAUAUUCUUUCUUCGAAGGCCCAAAUUGACAAAACUGGGCCCACCAUGAGUUAGUGAGGGAGGUUUUCAGGAUUACCCAAACUUUGAUUGUGAUAUUUCCCCCCCAUUUUUCCUAAUUAAUUAAGAGAAGCCACCAUUUUUAGGUGGAUUGGUGAUGAGAUCUGGUAUUAUGUUAUGAUAUUUUUUGUGUGGUGGUCUUUGCUUGAUUGCAUGAUUUGUUAAUUUUGGGUAGGCAAUUUGGAGGGUCUCAGCAUGAAAGUGAUGGCAGCAAGUGAGAAGAAUUCCCCAUGGGUAUAAUAAUAAAAGCAAUUUUCUACCCUAAGCUUGUCAUUGACUUGGCUCCAAAUUGCCUGUAGAGUUUGUCUAGCCAUUUUCACCCUUUGGAUAUGUUUAUAUAUGGUUAUAUGAUCAAUGAUAGCUAAGUAUGUGUUGCCAAUGUAGAAUUGAAAGUGACGCACUUUCUUGCAGUUAUCAGAGUGAUUGAUUACCUGAUGUGAAUACAUGUCAUUUAUCAAUUAUCGAGGUGAAUUAUGAGUGUUGAUUUUUUUUUAAUUGAUCGAGAAAAACACGAUGAAUCCUCAAAUGACAUAUUCAAGAACACAACGGUGACAAUGAUUAGCAGCAGGCACUCAUCUUACUCGUAUCCUAACACUUGUGGGUCUUACUCCUAAAACAUAUAUCAUAAAUUAUGAAGGUAAACUCACUCUGUAAACUCAUGCGUGGAUCCUUCGACUCUACGAUACUUGUACAUAAAAAAAAAAUUCAACGAUCAACAAGAUCAAAUACCGAGACAAUUCUUCAUGCUGAUAUACUAAGCGCACACCACAAUUCGUUCACUCCGAACUCAUCAAUGACAUAAUCAAAAGUAAUAUCCACCUCCUAUCCUUGUUGUUUCCCUUCAUAAAGAAGAACACAAAUGAAUUUACAAGUAGUGUUGUCCUAAUCUUACUGAAAAUGGGAAAGAAAAUCCACUAUCUUGACACAAUCUAUAGCUAAGAUGCUCUCCCUCAAGAGCCAUCAUAUGCAACAAAACACCACUAAUAAGUAGGGGUGGCAAUUCGGUUAUAAUCGGUAACCGAUUAACCGAAAAUUGACCGAAAUAGGCUUCGAUUUCUCGGUUACCUCGAUUAUCGGUUAACCGAACCACUUUUAAGACCAAAAACCAUUUUGGCCAGCUUCCGAUAACCGACCAAAAUUCGGUUACUCCAAUUACCGGUUAGUGGAUACGCUGCCAGUUAUCAAGUUAACCGGUCGGUUAACCGGUAACCGGUAACCGAACGGCCACCCCUACUAAUAAGUGCCUAGUUCCCUAUAUAGCUAUUUAGUUGUUGCACGGAACAACUCACAAUCCUCAAAUUCCCUUUCUUGGCAAAGCCCUAAUCCUUAAACAUGGCCGAUUAAGAGCAUCCUAAUGGGACAAUUUUAGUGCAUAACACGCUGCAAUUCACUUUCAAAUUCAAUUAAGUAAAAUUAACCCCAUUAGAGGUGACACGUAAGCAACCAGCAAAGAAAAGUCAAAAGUCAGCAGAAAGAACUCCGUGUGCUACAUGCCACAGAUGACGACAAAAACAAGGUUUUGCUAAAAAAAAUUGCCACGCUGG